GGCCUAUUGUCUCGGAAGGGGGUGGGUGAGUUUCUAGUCCCUAGUUAGAUUUGGAGUCAAGCGGUGGGCCGGCGGCUGCGGAGACGCCUCGGCGCACUGUUGUGGGGGAAAAACUUCCGUGAAUCAUGUUGUCAGUCUUCCGCCGAAGAACUGCACGGGUUACCCAUUAUCACCUUCUCGAGGCCCGGCGCGGCCGAAUUCAAGUGGGUUCGAUUCUGGGGUGCUUGUGGUGGCCGUUGUGAGUCCGAUCCAUGUCUGGUGGUGACAAGCGGUGUGUUGUACGGAUUGCUGUUAUUGUAGCCCCCUCGCAGUGUGAACAUUAGCAUAGAACUGUGGGUUGUGUGUGUGUGCGAGUGAAUGUGUUUACCUGGACGGUUUAUGUAGCCGAUCGGCUGUCGAUGCUAAAUGAAAUCUGGCGGAGCGAGUGUGUGACAAUGCCUGAGUGGGUUUCUGUUUUUCUAGCUGAAUGAGGGGGUUUAAUGUAGUGUUUGGAAUUGCUACGAGGUAGAACCAGGGACCUGGCGCAUCAGUCUGUUGGUUUCCGGUGCACAAUCCUCCCUGUGUGGCGAUUACGCAUUGAUGUAGCGGAAACUGUGGGCCUCUAACAAGUGACAUAAUGUGGGGCAUUCGCUAUGGCAGAGUCGAUCUUGCAUGAGGCUGUUCCUGUGAACUGCAUUGCGAAUUGGAGUUGCGCGGGGGAUGUGAGACUAGAGAUAGUUGUUGAGUCGGAGUAGUUGUACGUGUUGGAACUCUCUUUGCUGGGCUCCAUUGUCUUGAAAGUUGUGGCUAGUCGAGUAGAUUAUCUGCGAGUUGCAUUCGUGACAAAAUGGGUCGCGCUUGUUCGGUUCUCCUUAUUGCCGCCCUUGUCUGUGCUUCUCAAGUGCUCUUCACGUCUGCAGCAGACGGAGCAGCUCCUUUCGCGUUGCGUAUUGCUUGUGGGUCGGACUCUGAAUCAUACUCCCCAGAAACCGGAUAUCUAUGGUCAAAGGAUAUGAAUUACACAGGUGGCAGCUCAGGAAACUUGACGACAGUCAGUCGGAUAGCUUCACAGCUGAAAACCAUCCGCUACUUUGGGAUGCCGGAUGGAUCUGAAAACUGUUACAAUUUAUCCGUCCCGAAUGGCCAGUAUUUGAUUAGGAUGUAUUUCAGCUUUGGUUUUAAGGACAAUAGUGGGCGGGAACCCGAAUUUGAGAUAUCUAUGGAAGGGACAUUGGUGUAUUCACUGACCCGGGGGUGGAGCACCGUAGUGGACAACGAGUACGUAGAUUCUCUAGUACACAUAAACGAUGGAGCAGCGACAAUUUGUUUCCACAGUUCUGGACAUGGGAGUCCAGUCAUUGCGUCGAUUGAAAUACUGCAGAUCAAUGAUGAUGCAUACAACAUGGGAACACCUUCAUCCAAUUUCAUUAUGAGAACGGUGAAGCGAGUGACUGCAGGAGCUGAGAAGUCCGGGUAUGGUUCAAGUUUGCAAGCCGACCCUUGGGGUGGUGAUCGUUACUGGGCCACAGACACCACUCUUUUUACUCCAGGAUCCUCCGUGAACUCGUUGCACACAAAAUAUAAUAUCUCCAAAUUUAACAAUCCGCCCAAUAUUUACCCUGAGGCCAUAUAUCAGUCUGCUACCACGACUGGGCCCGAGAAUAAGCUUUCCUACACCAUCCCCGUGUUGCCCAAUCAAAACUACUCCAUCUGGUUGCACUUCGCAGAGAUAGAGGACAGUGUCACAGCGCCUAAUGAGCGAGUAUUCAACGUGAUGGCGAACGGGUUGCCUCUAUUUCAAGUGGUAGACAUUGUGAAAAUGGCCGGGGGUGUGCGGACGGCCCUUGUAUUGAACAAAACUGUGCUGGUGGAAGGAAAGACCCUGACGAUCUCACUUGAGCCCUUGGCGGGCGAAAUUUCCAUUAACGCAUUUGAGGUCUACCAGUUGAUUCCUCGAGAACAGCCCACCUCCAGCGACAACGUGUGGGCACUUCAGAGCAUGAAGCAGGGCUUGGAACUUCCUUCACGGGUGGGAUGGAAUGGAGACCCUUGCAUUCCUCAAUUGCAUGCUUGGUAUGGUGUCAACUGCGAAUUCGACGCCGCAGUUGGUACCUGGUUCAUCACUGGCCUGGCUCUCGAUAGUCAGGGUUUAAAGGGUCGGAUCGACGACAGUAUUGUGAAUCUGCAGCGACUGCAAUCAUUAAAUAUGAGCAACAACGUGUUGACUGGAGUUAUACCUGAAUCUCUCGGCCACGUCUCUUCUUUAGUUACAUUGGACCUUUCAUAUAACCGACUGAACGGAUCUAUACCCGCAAGUCUUGGUCAGCUUCCCAAACUUCAAGAAUUGUUGCUAAACGACAAUCAGUUGGUUGGAGAGGUGCCGCCAGCCUUGGGAGCAUUCCCCAUCCGUGGUGGCGUGUUGAAUCUGGCUAACAACGAUGGACUUUGCGGCGUUGGACUGCGAUCCUGCAAUACUAUGUCUCAUAGGCAGAAGUCGGGCAUCGUAAUUGGGGUUAUCAUUGGAUUUAUGGUCCUCAUUUUAGGUGGCUAUCUGUGCUGGAAGAGGCGGAUGAACAUGCUUCGAGGAGCACAACGAUUACCCCGAGAUGCACCGUAUGCGAAAGCAAGGACAACCUUUGUGCGAGACGUGCAAAUGGCGAGGAAUACUUUAGCCAACCACUUCAGCAGGCCUUCUCCUUACUCGGAAUCAACUCCAUUGAAUCCACACUAACCCUGCACACGACUGGGCUUUGAUCUGCCCUUGGAAGUACUACCGAAACACACAGGGAUUGGCUUCCAGACAAUCAUUUGAUGGUCGAGCGCAGUCCGGAAUUCGUGCAUCAUUGUGGGUGGUUGGAAAGCAUCUAUUUAACCAGCCCCCGCGACGCCCUCGUUUUGUGACAACGGGAGCCGCUCGAAGAGCGGUCAAGCGAGGAAGGCAACCAUCAGAAGCUGAAUUCUGUUUUUGGGGGCAUUGAAUGUCGUUGCGACAUGUUUACUUGUAGCCGUAUCCGAAAAGAAAUGGGUAGACUUGUUUCCCGAGCAAGGAAUCGGUCGAUGUUGUACGCAUAAAUUGUUCGAUAGACACUUUCGAAGCCAUUCACGCUUCUUGAAAAAAAUAUAAUCUAAACUGGGCUUCACUUAGACGGUGCUCAUUGAAGCUGUUCAUUUUCCAUAAA